CUAUCAUCUGCCCAGUGCUCAGCGCUCCAGACUGGGGAGAGCUAAACUGCUCCCACGUCAACGGGGACUUCGCCUUUGGGUCCACGUGUGCCUUCUCCUGCCAGACGGGGUUUGCACUGAUGGGGUCAGAGAGUCGCGAGUGCACGGCCACAGGGACUUGGAGUGGGGAUGCUCCACGCUGUGAAGCCAUCACCUGCCCGGUGCUCAGCGCGCCAGACUGGGGAGAGCUGAACUGCUCCCACCUGAACUGCUCCCACCUCCACAGCGACUUUGCCUUCAGCUCCACGUGUGCAUUCUCCUGCCAGAUGGGGUUUGUGCUGAGAGGGCCAGAGAGCCGUGAGUGCACAACCAUGGGGACCUGGACUGGGGACGCCCCACGCUGUGAAGCCAUCACCUGCCCGGUGCUCAGCGCGCCAGACUGGGGAGAGCUGAACUGCUCCCACCUCCACAGCGACUUUGCCUUCAGCUCCACGUGUGCAUUCUCCUGCCAGAUGGGGUUUGUGCUGAGAGGGCCAGAGAGCCGUGAGUGCACAACCAUGGGGACCUGGACUGGGGACUCCCCACGCUGUGAAGCCAUCGCCUGCCCGGUGCUCAGCGCGCCAGACUGGGGAGAGCUGAACUGCUCCCACGUCCAUGGGGAGUUUGCCUUUGGGUCCACGUGUGCCUUCUCCUGCCAGAUGGGGUUUGCGCUGAUGGGGCCAGAGAGCCGCGAGUGCACAGCCACGGGGACCUGGACUGGGGACUCCCCACGCUGUGAAGCCAUCACCUGCCCGGUGCUCAAGGCUCCAGACCAAGGAAAGCUGAACUGCUCCCACAUCCAUGGGGACUUUGCCUUUGGUUCCAUAUGUGACUUCUUGUGCCAGACGGGGCACACACUGAUGGGGCCAGAGCGCCGCGAAUGCACAGUCACAGGGACCUGGACUGGGGACACCCCACAAUGCAAAGCUAUCGCCUGCCCAGUGCUCAGCGCUCCAGACUGGGGAGAGCUAAACUGCUCCCACGUCAACGGGGACUUCGCCUUUGGGUCCAUGUGUGCCUUCUCCUGCCAGAAGGGGUUUGCACUGAUGGGGUCAGAGAGCCGCGAGUGCACGGCCACAGGGACUUGGAGUGGGGAUGCCCCACGCUGUGAAGCUAUCGCCUGCCCGGUGCUCAGCGCUCCAGACUGGGGAGAGCUGAACUGCUCCCACCUCCACAGCGACUUUGCCUUUGGCUCCACAUGUGCAUUUUCCUGCCAGACAGGAUUUGCACUGAUAGGGUCAGAGAGCCGCAAGUGCAUGGCCACAGGGACCUGGACUGGGGACUCCCCACGCUGUGAAGCCAUCAAAUGCUCAGCACUGCCCCCCCCCAGGAUGGGCCAGGCUGCCUGCUCCCACGUCCAUGGGGACUUUGCCUUCGGCUCCACGUGUGCCUUCUCCUGCCACACAGGGUUUGCACUGCUGGGGCCAGAGAGCCGUGAGUGCACGGCCACUGGGACCUGGACUGGGGACACACCACAAUGCAAAGCCAUCAGCUGCCCGGUGCUGGACCCCCCCAGCAAAGGCCAGCUGAGUUGCUCUCACGUGCAUGGGAACUUCACAUACAACUCCACAUGCACCUUUUCCUGCAAGGAAGGGUUUGUUCGGAUGGGAGCAGAGGUGCUCCAGUGUACGGCCACGGGGAACUGGACCAGGCAUCCCCCUGUCUGUGCAGAGGACGGUGCCCCCUUCUUAAAGCAAGUCCUGGGUUACACCAGCGGCACAGCUCUGGUACUAGCUGGCAUCGUGCUCUCAGGGACGCUCAUUGCCUUCCUUGCCAAGCGGCUCAGCAACAGAGAGGAAAAGAAGAAGCUCCUGAAUCCCACCAGUGACCUAGGAUCACCGGGCAUCUUCACCAACGCAGCGUACGACGCCAACCU